CAACAAUCAAUACCAUCCUUUCCCAGAUAAAAAUCAAUCCCGUGGUUGCAUCUUCACAUCUUUUUCACAUUGGCCAUCCCCCAUAUUUAUGCUCACAUUGUAAUCAUUGGCCUUGGAAAUGCCAACCCCACUUUCUAGACAGACCGAGUCUUUUAACUCUUCCACUGGUACUAUUGUCCCUGACCGUCGGGGUCCAGCUCGAAAUACUCGGUCUGCUGCAGCAGCAGCUGCUGCAGCUGUUGAUAAUGCACAUACUCUGACAUUGUCCCAAUCCUCUCAAUCAACACAGGUUUCCAAUGCUUCUCAGUCCUCCAGUCGUGCUCUUCGGCCCCAAAGCAGUCUAGAGAGAAGAAUCAACAGUGUGAUAGGUGUUGGCGGUGGAGAUGAUGGAUUAAUGGGGAUGCUGCAAAUGCAAGACGUUCCCAGUAAUAGCUUAGCUGGCUGGAGUUUUUUGGGUGACUCCCAGCCUAAAAUAAACCAAGCUCAGUCUGCAGAUCAAGAACAUCGCGUGGAAGAAUUUCUCAAGAACAUAGAUGUCGGACCUGUACCUUCCCCAAUGCCAUCAGACUCUCCUUAUGAUCGCCCAAUCCGCCUUCAACAUCCUCCUGUCGAUUCAUAUCGUCCAUCGACUGCUGCUUCCUGGCACUCAGCGUCAUCAUCUGUCGACCACUCUGAAUUGUAUAGCAGCACUGAUGUGGAUACUGAGGAUGAAGCUCGUUCUGCCAUUAUUGGGCAUUCAAAUGUUGGAGACCUAGGUUUAGGAGGGAUGGACAUUGACAACCCACAAGAUGUCGAAAGGCAGAGAUCCUGGCCAACAGAGCAAGCUAUGAUAGCCCUAAAUAGGGCAGUCUCACCUCAACAACUAUAUGCUAAUUCUCCGGCCCCUAGCUCAACAGGUGAUUCUGUGUCCUCCCGCAGACGCCGAUCAAACACAGGUCAAGCAGUUUCAGCUUCAGAAGAUGAGAGAAAACGUCUUGAUCGUCUCGAGCAUCGCCGUGAUAUCAACCGCCGAUCAGCACAAAAGCAUCGAGCCAAGAGGAAAGAAGAGAUCGAGACCAUGAAUCAUAAGCUGUACGUGCGUGAACAGCGAAUCAGGGAAUUGGAAAUGUUGUUGGAGGCGGAGAGAGGCAAGGUGGCUUCAUUGGAGGGUACAGUUCAGAAAUUAUUGGGUGGAUUAGGACGUUCUAGUGGGAGUGAUGGAUCAGAAAAAGUGAAUGGAAGGUAAUGGGGUUCACAACUUGGAAUUCUCGACACUCAGUGCGACGAUGCGCCAAUUGAUGCUCAACAUUUUGCAAGCCGAAUAUCGCCAUCAGCCACCUUUCUUCACCUGGUUCCAAUCCCUUAAUUCAGUCGAUUAUUUCCAAACUUACCGCAAAUAGUGUGAUCAUUUUGGAGUCAACAGCCGUGGGAGCUUUGUGAUUUAAGGAAGAUGUACUCCAUAUUCGAAUGUUAAUAGAGCUUUUGUGUCUUGGAGUUUGUACUCCCUUGUGUAGUAACGUAUAAGAACACUGAUAUGGAAGUUUGCAUACCUUUUUGUUG